AUUUUUAGGCAACAUUUCCAGUUCUCGGUUCAAGUUAUUAACAGCAAGUUUAAAAGAUGACGACUGUAUUAAUUUAACACGUUCAUUGAUUAUUUAUUCAUCUCAUCCAUAUAAAAUAUUACACCCCGGUAAAUCUAAACCACCUCUAAAAUAUCCAUGUUGUAUAUCAUGACGUUUAUGCACAAGUUACUGUCCUUUAAUAAUACUCUUACGUCAUUUUACUGCGUCGUGAGAAGUUGUAAAUCAAGAGCAGCACUUUGAGCUGCACUGAGGUCGAUCACAUGACGUGAAGACUUGCUUUCGGAGAACACACGUGCUGCACUGCCUUUCUGAUCACAAAUCAAACUGGAGCAGAAAACGACCAGUGCAACUUAGACUUCCAAGACUCCACUCUUCUUUGAAGCUGACACCCAAUUAUACCUCAUGAGUUUUGUGGAAUACUCCGAGUUCAUCCAAGAAGGGGAUGUUGUCAUUAUAUUCCUGGGUCAUGAAUCCAUGAUGCCUAUUAAGGUUCAGUCUGGGGCUCAGACACAGACCCGCUAUGGGGUCAUCCGCCACUCCAGUGAUCUGAUUGGACAACGGUUUGGUUCCAAAGUGACUUGCAGUAAAGGUGGUUGGGUUUAUGUGCUGCACCCUACACCAGAGCUGUGGACAGUAAACCUCCCCCACCGAACACAGAUCCUCUACACUACAGACAUUGCCAACAUCACACUGAUGCUGGAGCUCAAACCAGGCUCUGUCGUCUGCGAGUCAGGUACGGGCAGCGGCUCUCUGUCUCACGCUAUUCUGCGGACCAUUGCUCCCACCGGCCACCUGCACACAGUGGAGUUCCACGCUCAACGAGCCGAGAAGGCCAUCGAGGAGUUCAAGGAGCACAAGGUGUCUCACCUGGUUACCGUCAGAAACCAGGAUGUGUGCAAGGAGGGCUUUGGUGUCAGUGAUGUAGCCGAUGCGGUCUUUCUAGACAUCCCCUCUCCAUGGGAGGCUGUCACACAUGCCAAGAGGGCUUUAAAACGCAAGGGAGGACGUCUAUGUUCCUUCUCACCAUGUAUAGAGCAGGUUCAGAGGACUUGUGAGGCAUUAUUGGACCAUGGCUUUGAGGAGAUCUGCACUCUGGAGGUUCUGCUGCGGGUGCAUGACAUUCGUGCUGUCACUAUGCCCAUACCAGACUUUGGACCAGAGGAGGGAUCUACUGACAUCACCCAAAUGGCUUCUAAUCUUGGUCAAGAGGAAGUCCCAAAUGCUGGGAACGCCUCUGUGAUCUGCCGGACUGCCACACCCCCAAGAGAAAUGGCAGGACACACGGGUUACCUUACCUUUGCUACCAAACCACGUGACUAGAAGCAAAAUUGAGGCUAAAGCAGACUGCUCAAAUUGGAAUUUGAGUAGAUUUGAGUACUGCAGGCUUGACCUUUCUUGAAUAUGAGGACUUCACCAGUCCUCACCAUUUAAACUAUUGUGUUUAGCUUAAUUAAAUCUAAGAUAUAAAAAAUCUGUUACCAGCUUGACUGGUAUUAACUGGUAACAUCUUAAUUGGUCAUGCCAUUCAAAACCUCUGAGUAGUGAUAUUUGAUGUUCAGUUUCCUCAUUUGUUUGGUGUGUAUAUAUAUAUAUAUAUAUAUAUAUAUAUAUAUAUAUAUAUAUAUAUAUAUAUAUAAUAAAGGGAAUCUUUUUUUUUUUACUGCAAUAAAUAAAUCAGAGGGAAAUUUUUUAUUUUCUUGUUUUUCCGAGAUGUUAAUUAGGGAUUUGCAAAACUACAGAAUAUGAAAAUCGACUAGUCUUAUGGGUUAACUGACUGACUUGUCAACCACUCAGUCUUAGGGAAGCCCUGUAUAACUGUGCUUUGGAUUCACCUGCCCCAGUUGGAUGCAUAUCUUAGGGAACAUUCACUUUAGACACGUUCUUGCAUUCAAAAGCAUCUAGAUGGAACAUAGAAUGUAACAAAGCAGAGGCCUCGCCCACACUAAUCCGUUUAAGUUUAAAACCUCCAUUUUCAGUUUCCCAACGUCAUCAUUUUGCAAAUUAUGCGGGUAUGGAGAGCAUUAUCGAAAGUCUUGUUUUUGGUGGAGAAAAAUACCAUUCUAGUGUAGAUGAGAGGUGUAAAUGUAGCAAAAUCAAUGCGUUUUUAAACAAAAAGGGAUUGGCGUGGACGUGGCCAAAAUAUUUGACUAUUUUUAACUUGAUGAGUCAACUUAAAAACGUAACACUUGUGGCGACAUGCUCAAAAAAAUUAGAACAAAUAGUGAUGACACUUGAAUUUGUAUGGCUGUAGUGACAGCAAUUUUCCGAGAGGGUUUUCUGAAUCUUUGAUAUAUGAAACACGAGAUAUGUGUUGAGAAUGGGAAUGGGAGAAUGGUCUUAACCUCAGAAGACAUUUUGUAAAGAUUUGUUUGUUUAAUUGUAAGUUCAUUGACGUGAUGUACAAGCUAUCAGCAGUGUCUUGCCACGAGUGGUCUGCAUUCAAGGCUGUUAUGGGCUGUUCUGUGUUUGUUACGUUCUUGUAUGUGGAAUGUGAGAUAUCAAAGAAGAGAACUAGAUGUGCCAAUAUCUGAUAAAUGUAUCUGCAACCAAAGGCUUUGUUACUCUUCUAUACCCCCACCUCACUUUAAUAACCCAUCAUUCCAUAAAAGGUAGCAUUCUCUCAACACUCUGAUACACUCAUCUCUAUUGUGUUGUAUAUUUUAAACCUUUGUCCUCUAUUUUGGGAAACAACGUAGAGAUAUCAUACAGUAGCUAUGUUCAAAAGGAAUACUAGCUAACUACUGGCUGAAUACUCUGCAGUACAUAAUGUAUACUACCUACUAUUUUUUUUUUUAUUAGUAUGUGAAAAUGAGCACAUUAUGCAACAAACGCUUUAAACGGUAGUAUGCACAGCUGAUAUUGUUUUAUUGAAAUAUAGCUUUUCCAUGCAUACUGAAAAUGUGCAUACUGUACAUAGUUUACAUACUUUGUACACCAGCACUAGUAUGGUAGUAUGCAUUUAAAAACAGUUGUAGUCCACACUCUUGCUGUUUGAAAAGGACUGUGGAUUAUGAAAUGCUUGAACACUUAUGGGAAGAUCUGCAUGCCUACUGUGAGUUUAUAUAUUGCAUCCAUAUGUGAGGGUGGGGACUGGGGAGUUGAUGUAACACUAGGAUUGGUGUGUGUUAUAUUUAAACCAUCUGUUUCCUAUUAAAAUAACAGUAUACAGUGAAGAAUGAGAAAAUGGAGUUUGAUGUCCCCCUCAGGCCUAAAGCAGAGCACAGGUCCCUGCAAUAGCAGCUCAAACCUCUUUAAAUCCUCACACUUUAAUCUGCUUCUCAGCAAGACUUGAGGUUCAUAUUCCACUGUGACAGUUCUCUGAGAUAAACAGGGUUCACAUUGUGAAAUAUCAGUGAAUUCAAUUUUUUUUUUUUUUUUUUUUUUUUAGGCCUGGAAAAUUCAUGGGAAUUAGUCAGAUCUUUAGUAAUGUAAUAUUCUACAGUAAAUAUACAUUUAUGAUCAGCCUUGAAAUAGUUAAUUGGCUAGAAUUGCAAUCUCUCAAAAAUGAAUAAUUAAAUGAUCCAGAAAUCAUGAACAACUGGAAAAGUCAGGGAAAUUCACAUUAAAGUACUUUCUACAUUAAAUAAGUUGGUUUAAGCGUGAGCUUGAAAUUGAGUAAAUUCUACAUUUGUACUCAAUUCAAGCUCUAGUUGCUCUACCUUAAGUAAACAAUAUUUAUGAUUGUUUAUCUUUACAAUAUGUUAUCAUGUAUUAUCCUAAAGUACAAAACCUUGUCAUAUUUAUUUGCUAAUUUGAGUAAAUGGAGUAAAAAGUAAAAUUAGUAUUCAGAAUUAAAUUUGUCCAGUUGUAUGAUCUUUGAUUCUUAGCUGGUUCUUAGGCCACAUCCACACUUCAUUUGAAAACGCAAAUACAGUAUUUCUCUGUGUUUACGCCUCUCAUCCACACUGAAAUUGUGUUUUCCUCUACAAACUUUCAAAAACGCUCUCCAUAACUGCAUACUCUGGAAAAUAAUGUUCUGAAAACUGAAUUUAAAAACUUAAACGGAUUAGUAUAGACGUGGCCUUAUUUGUUUCAUUUAUGGGUUUAAAAUUAGGAUAGAAAUUCCAUUUGCAAUUCUGUACUUUCCUUUGGGAAUUUCUGACAAGGGAUUUAAGAUAUUAUCAAAAAGCAGGGCUUUAUGAGACAAAAUCCCAUUUGUGUUAAGUCCACCAGUGAUUUAACUGUAAGAUAUGUGUGCACUUAUAUAGAUGUGUAAAUGUACCUUUGCCUUCCGACGGAUGAAAAAGUAUCAAGCAAGUAAAUAAUGAGCAGUUACUGUAGGAGGUGGAGCAUUGGAGAGUGUCCAUCUGUAGAGCAAAUGGAUACUGCUCCAAUAACUGCUGUUAAUGCCUGUACUUUUAAACACAGUGACCGUCAUCUAUUCUUGAUCCACAGUGCUGUAAGCUAUAAAUAUGCAGACACCCUUUAUUGUGUUGAGUAAUGCUGAUGAGAGGAAUAAAGGAUAGAGUUGAGUUGUA